AUGCCGACACCUUCGAACCAGCCCUCCGGGCCUCCGUCGCCGCCGGGCUUUUCGAGCUGCCCCGAUGACUUACAGACGUCCCCGAGGCCUGGGCGGCAGACAGAACUCGAACGUGAAGCAAACAGUGCCCAUGAUACCGAAAUGGGGGAGAGGGACUUCGUUCCAUCCGCACUGGCGGUAGAGAAUCCACCUCAGCGCGGCAGCUCUUCUGCUCCUCCACACGAAGAUUCCCUCAUUGUGGAAGAGAGGGCCACUCUUGACCCAUCUUCUCGCUCAACAACCAUGUCGCCGCAACCACGGUCUAGUAUCACUACUGCCACCUCCCCUGAGCAAGGCCGUCACAUGUGGUCCCACUCCAAUACUUCCGACAUAUAUGUGGACAGUGAUGACUUCUACGCCCCAUCUAUGGGCCCCGAUUACCCAUCUAUGCGGGCAAAGCCGCUCCUCAACUCUUCCUACCUCCGACCGGGUAGCAGGUUCCACGGAACCCAACAAUCCGAGAGACAAGUGUACGAUGUCUCCGUUGAGAUCAAACACGUCGAUCUUCGCGAGUCCUUCCUUUGUGGAUAUUUGCGGAUUCAAGGAUUGACGGAGGAUCACCCGACCCUAACCACCUACUUCGAAGGCGAGAUCAUUGGCCCAAAGUAUAACUUCUUCACACAGCACGAGGACUGGGGCGCUACUCAAAAGGUGGACAUGAGCCACUGGUCCAAGUUCGUUGCUUUCCGACCUUUCCAGAAGCAGGCUCGAAGGGGCCAUGCGACGGUCGAAGAUGUCACCCAGAGGGAACACGUCUUCAUGCGCUGGAAGGAGCACUUCUUGGUUCCCGACCACCGCGUUCGAACCAUCAGUGGCGCCAGCUUCGAGGGCUUCUACUACAUUUGCUUCAACCAGAUUAAGGGUGCUGUCAGCGGCAUCUACUUCCAUUCUAAGAGCGAAAAAUUCCAGCAGCUUGAGUUGACCCACGUGCCCGAUCGUGGGUGUUUCAGUGCGACAGAGUUUCGUUAA